GAGUAUAUUGUUGUUGUUUUCCAUUGCCGUGCUGAUAUUUAAAUAAAUUUUAGCAAGUUUUCUGUGGUUUAUAUAGAAGAAAAUUUAUAAUAAAAAAGGAAUAAUUAAGAAGCUCUUUUAAAAUGAAAACGUUUACGAUUGAUGAUAUACCAGAAUUUUCCAAAAAGGAGCGUAUAGUCGUCGUAGGAGUAAUUGGAAAGUCACCUUAUCGUUAUCCCAAUAAAACAACUCCUCUUUUGCCCUCAGUAAAGAGCGAUAAGAAUAACAUCGAAUGUUUUUGGGAUGAGCGUAGUGGAGUGCUUUAUCUGCAUGCUGUUACAUACCUUGAUACCAAGCGGCUCACUGAGUUAGCAGCUACUCUGGAUGAGGAUUCUAAAACCACUAUCAAGGAUGCGGAUGCAGCCCAUUGGUUAGUGGCUUCAGGGGAGCUGGCCGCUGACUCCUGCCGGUUGAUAGCCCUGCUGUUCCACCUCUGUCACAUUGUGGUGCUGUCUUCUCCCACUCCGGUGUUUGAUUUGGGAUACCUGCAGCUUUUUAAGGCUAUUGACGCUUAUAGAACAGAACUACAGCCUCGCACUGCGCCCUUGCUAUCCGCCAUCGGUCCCGGCACCGCGUGGGAGAGCCACGGGCGCUCGUGCUGCCCGCGGCUGCUGUUCCACUUCCGCAGGGCUCCGGCCCCGCUGCGGAGGGCCCCAGCGUCCCUCAAGCGCUUGGAACAUUCGGUGGAAGACCAACUGUAUUUUAUAUUGAGGAAGGCGAGGAUCAUCACUAAUGUGUGUGCAAAAUCCCUGUUCGCCAUUCCCAAAAACGAGGAGUUUGUGUACAUGACCGCCGACGACAGCGCCAGCGCCGCCCGUGACGUCAGCUCGCUGGUGCGCGGCCUCGUGGAGCGGUGCUCCGGGGACGUGACGUCACAGCCCGGCGUACGGCCCACCUUCAAGGAGUUCCUGCAGGCUCACAUAGACCUCGCAUUCAGGGACGGGUUUGAUGACAACGUGGGGAAGUACGCUAUGAGCACUUCUUUCUUUGAGCUUCCAAGUGCAACAACUUGGCGCCAGGCGGCCCAAGCUCUCGCACCGGUGUACUUGUCCGUGGAGACGGAGGACCAAUCAGAGAGCGGCGGCGCGUUGUACGACGCGCUCGCUACUGACGUGCGGUUCUCACAAGCGAGAUGUGCUAAGGUGCUGCCCAUAGCCCAAGCUUCGUACACAGAGGGAUUGCCGUCGCAUUAUUCCAGUCAGCAUCAUGCUCAUAAGGUGGGCGUGGCGCUGGGCGUGCUGGAGACGAUGGCGCGCGGGCCGCAGUGCGCGGGCGCGCGCGCGCGGCUGGCGGCGGCGUGCCGCGCCGCGUGGCGCGCGCGCAGCCUGUGCGAGGCCGUCUCGCUCACGCAACAUCCCUGCAUACUGCCCGAACACGAUAACACCAAAGAGCACUCGUCGGGCGUUCGCUACAUCAGCGCCUGUAACUGCGGACGAAGCAAGAGCUCCAGGGAGGACCCCUACUCCGUGCGGAAAGCGAACCACACCUUCUACAGCCAAGCGGCAGAUGAAUGUGGAACUUGUCCGACACUGCAAGCCAUAGAGUUUCCCGUGUUCCAGCCUUCAACGCCCACUUACAGGGCGGCGUCUCUAAAAGGCGAAUCAAGCCAAGAAGCCGUUCCGUCGGGCCGGACGUCCGGCUCGGCGUCGCCCACGGCGCCGGGCGCGGAGCCGGAGCCGGCCGGGGACUGGUCCGAGCCGGACGCGCUGUCCCCGGGGGAGGCCGGGGACGACACUGACGAGGACAAGUCUUCGGCCUCGGACAAAUAUGUGGUGCCUGUCAGGGGAGACUCUAAUACAGAUAAAGUGAUUACCCGUCAGCCAUCAACGACGGAAUACCUCCCCGGCAUGUUGCACUUAAACAGCCCCAGCGGUCUGCUGCCGGCCUUCCCCAGCUGGUCCCUCGUCUGCCUCGGCGCCUCCUCGCUGUACUCGCACAGCGUGGGGCUGCCCGAGCACCUGCAGCCCGGCUUCCUGCCGCACACCAACUACCUGCUGCCCUGGGACUGCGCCGUGCGAUUGGAGCAAGCUCCUACGUGGCGAGGGGCGGCAGGGCGCGCGCGCGGCAAAGCGGCGCCGCACCACCUCACCGUCAAAAUCUUCAUCGGGUUCGAAUACGAGUGUCCCAGGGGGCACAGGUUCAUGAUGUCUUCGCCGGACACCAUAGUGAGCGGCGGGGGCUCCACGGGCAGCGGGCCCGGCGCGCGGCUGGCGUCCAGCGACAUGCCCAUAUACAGCACGUGCGUGUGCCGCGGCGCGGAGCCCCUGCUGGCGCAGCUCAUGAGGAUCCACGUGGUCACGCCCAAGGCUCCUGUUCACGUCACUUUGGACCCCAAGGCGCAGCCGGUGCGCGGCGGGCCCACGUUCGUGCCGCAGGCGGGCGCCGCGAAGCUGUCGGGCUCCGCGUACUGGGUGCUGCGGCUGCCCUUCAUGUACGCGGACGAGCGCGGAGCCCUGCCGCGCCCGCAGCGCAGCGCCGCGCCCCAGGGAGCCCUGCUGGCGCCUGUCUUCGGCCUGCAGGACUGAUUAUGUUGAAAGCACAAAUGUAUUCGAGUGCCGUGUGAAGCGACCACAGAUACUGCUGGAAACGCGGAAAUACGUGAGGAAGUUUCCAUUCAAUAUUCGACCUUAAACAAUUGUAAUAAGGUUCAAAGAUAUUGUUUUGAAAUAAAACAAUCACCACUGAAUAUUGAACCUUAUGCAUUGGUGAUACGGUAUAAUCAUUCUUACCAUGCUAGCUGCAGUAAAAGGUUAAAGCAAUCAGUUCAAGCCAUGUGAUAAACACUUUACAGGGCCAUUUCAAAUUAAUAAUAAUCGACACGAGAAAAAAAAGUACCAGAUUUUUCGUCGUUUGUCAAGCUUCCAAGUUGUUUGUGCCGUGUGGUUCGCAGCACUUUUGAAUAGGACCACUCCAUAGCUUUCCCAUGAAUGUCGUAUAAGACGACUAAGGGAAAGGCAAAAAAUCUUAGGAUUCCUCUUGCAGACGAUGGGCUAGUUAUGUCACUAUUUGAAUCACAAUUUCAAUUCAUUCUGUACAUUUCUGUUCUAACUACUACAAUAGUCACUGUUUUAAUAAUGGUUACCAUUCCAUCAUUAAACCACACAGCUGAACGUUGCCUUUUAGUCUUUCCAAGACUGUUGACUCUGUCUACCCUGUAAGUUAUGUAGGACGUCUACAUAACUUACAGGGUAGACAGAGUCUUAGGGUAGACUUUAUGAAUGUGGUCAAGCUGGGCUUGGCGUAUAUCUUGGAGUUUUAAUUUUAUCCUGAAGUAGCUUAUCUUAUUUCAAAGCCGACAAAGUCGAAAAUAUACUUUAGACAAUGAAAGAACGAUACUUGAAAGAAG